AUGGCUCCAUCAACAGACACACAGCACUGGGAUAUCCAGCAGAAGGACGUCAAACAAGUAUUGGCCGAGGAGAAGUACGAUGACUGCUCAGCGGCAUUCAUCGGCCUCGGCGUUUACAGCUACUAUACCGGCAUGCAAAACCUCCGCAAACAAGAAAAGAUUAUCAUGCAAGGGCCAACAAAAUACAAGAUGGGCUCAAGGCAGCUUGGUAUUGCAACCAUCUCUGCUACACUUAUUGGCAUGGGACUUUGGCGAGCAUUCAACUAA